AUGAUGGGAGGCAACGAAUUUUCCGUCACGCCUGGCGUUAACCAGGAUGCAAACGACAUUGCGGGGGGACCUGCUACGGAGCAUGUGGGCGCCAUUACCAGUGGGAGUGGUAAUACUUGCUCACUCGGUGUAGAUGGUCUCGUGAUCACUGUGUCGUUAAACGAUGUGCGGCCGGUGAUGCCGGAAAAACAAGAUACUGUGGUCAUCUUGUCAGGCGAUGAAGCAGGCACUAAGGGCUCGCUGCUCGGUCGAGAAGCUUUUGCGCACUCUCAAUUCAAAGAGCAACGACUCUAUCUAUCUACACUGUUAUUGUGCAAGUUGCUUACCGUGGGUAGGUAUGUGAACAUUCAUGAAGCGAUACCAGACACCGUUCACGAUUCGAUUGUCGUGUUUUGA